CACCGUCCAGGCGAAGCUACGCAAUCACGUUUGCGAAACGCGUUGACGUCAUAGCUCCAGGACGCCACCUACUGUUCCCCGGACAAGUGGUAGUUACACAAAGAUACAUAGCGGUCUGGCUUUGUGGCGACACCGUGCGGCUAAUGCCCGUCAUCUGGGCGAAAGGACAGCGUCUAUCCACCCACCACCCAAUAGGAACACACCAAGGUCGAGUAUACUUCUGUGCUCGAAACACGUUCCACUCUGCAAACAGAGGAUGAGCCAGCCCAAGAUAUCCCUAUGACUACGGAAGUGCACUACAUGAAAUACAAGAUGAUGGGCGAAGAGCAAGACCUAACCGACCUUCUGGCCAGAAAAGAGAAAGAAUGGAAAGAGCUGCAGCAACGUCAGAUCCUUUUCCUUCAACAGAACCUCAAGGAAACGCAGAAGAACCUGCAGGAGCAAAAAGAUAAAUUUGAUAGGCUGAAGAAGGAUUUCACCCAUAACUUCAAGGUGCUGGCUGAGAGAGAACGUGAGCUGGAGCGGUACGAAGCCAUGUUCUCCCAACUGAAGGUGGUGGAGAAUUCGAAGCAGUCCGAGAUAAGCGACUUAAGAGUACAGAUUGAAAAGCUUCAGCAAGAGAUGCAGAGAGAGAAGAAGAAUUUCAGUGAUUUACAGAGUCAUUAUCAGAGGAAAAUCAAAGAGCACCAAAUAGAACUCGAUCGAGUAAACAGCUCUAAAAAUAGCAAUCUCGAUCGGCUUCUGGAGGAGUAUGAGAAAGUAAAGCGUGAGCUCGAGAGGAAAAUUGAAGAGGUCCAAGGAGAUCUGACCCUACAGAGACAGGAACUGGCUUUGGAGUUUGAUUGCGAAAUGAAGAAACGUGAACAUGAGUUUCGUGUACAUCUUGAUGAAAUGAGCACCACGGUUCUGUCUCACGAGCUCAAGGUGAAGUUGCUGACUAAGGAAUUGGAUAUUUUGAGGGAAAUGGAACUAAAAGGCGCUGAGUCUCUCCAGCAAGAGGAAUCAGCCAACCAUAAACUGCAUGAGGCCCUGAGACAAAAAGACUUUGAAAUGAAAGAUUUUUUGGCGGUUAAAAAGGCACGAAUAAAAGAGCUGGAGGGUAACGUGCAGAAAUUGCAGCAUCAGCUGGAAAGACAGGAGAAAACUUUUCAACUGAAACACGAGAAGCUAGACCGCUGUGCACGGGAGAAAGAAUCAGCACUGACUUUGAUGAAGGAAGCUCACAGUGAACAGAUCCAGCUGAUGGAGAAUCAGAAGAAGGAGCUGCAGAGGUGUGUGGAAACCCUGCAGAUGGAGCAGCACAGGGCAACAUGCAAUCAUCAGGCUGUACUGGAAGAGAAGGACAGCACCAUCACAACGCUCAAGGAUGAUGUGGACACAUUGAAGACUGGUUGGGAUUCAUACAUCACCCAAGUGUCUCAAGACACUGUAAGCAAAGAUCUUCGGAUUCAGUCCCUGCAUGAGGAGGAGGAAAAGCUGAAAGCGCAGAUAGCCAAAUACCAGAAGGACAUAGAACGGUACCAGCAGCAGUUGGCGGGUUCGGUGGAACGGGAGCGUCUGUUGGAACAGGCCAGGGUGCAGGUGGAGCUGGACUGGCAGAAGCGCUGUGAAGAAAUAGAGAAAACCCAGUAUCAGAAAUCAGAGGAGUUGAUUGAGGGUCUUGGCAAAGCCAAGGAUCAGCUGGAAGCUGAACUAAAGGAAACGGAAAGAAGACUGAAUGAGCUGCAGCUUGUAAAUUCCACUGUGACCUGGGAAAGGGACAGGGCUGUGGCCACUAUCAGGAAGCAAGGAACAUUGACUCACAUAGGAGAACAGACACAGGAAGCCAUGCCAGAUUUUGCAUCAAGUGAGAUUCAGAAAUUGCAGGAGCAAAAUUCAGAACUGCGUCAGGUGAUCGGCCAGAUGAGGAAGGAGAUGGAGAUGUUGUGCGAGCAAAUGUCACCUGGAGCUGCUGAACGGACAGAACCUCUAUCUGGCAACACCUAUGGGACUGUGCCCUCUGCUGAUUAUGUGAAGUCUCUGGAGGAGGAGAUCAAGGAUUUAAAACAAAGAAAUAGGGAGAUGGAAGAGCAGCUUCAGUUGGCUCCGUCAACUAAAGACUCUCCUGAUCCACCAGCAAGUGCAAAACCGGUGCUACCUGACAACGUCUACAUCCAAACUCACAUCAGGAACUUAAAUGAGACCAUAGGUGCUUUACGGGCAGAUAAAGUGGCUUCUGCAGCAGCUGCUAAGAGACUGGAAGCCAGAACAGCCCACCUGGACGCAAUGGUUGCUGAGCUUAAUCAGAAGGUCCAGCAGAAACAGGCAGAAAUCAAUCAGCUUCAGUUUCAGGUGAGCAAUGACACUCGUCACAGCCAGGCCACCAUCUCCAGCCUCCAACAGAGACUGUCUGAACUGGAACUGCAGCUCAGUGAAGCCCGGAAAGAGGCUGAAGAAUAUUUUAAAGGCAACCUGAAGCAAAAUCUGGAGACAGUUGGACUAGGAAAUGAGGUGUGUGCACUGAAGCUGGAACUGGCCAGUCAACGAGUCCCUGUGGUGCUCAGCGAGAGUGAAGCUGUGAAACAGCUACGUGAAGAGGUACUGACCCUCCAGCAGCAACUGGCCGCUCUUACAACAUCGGGUCACGGACUAACCAAUCCUUACAUACUAAUGAAUAAACUGAAAGAAGCUUUGAAAAAAAAUUCUCAGCUCAGCAUGGAGAAACAACAACUGAUUGAAAUAGGGAACCGACUACAAGCAGAGCUGGCCUCAGCAGAAGUAAAGACUUCUAAACAUUUGGUUACCGUAACAUCACCCUCCAAGAUUCAAGCACCAGAACCUCAGGGCCGCCUUUCAGCACUAGAGAGUCUUCAAUACCAGCUAACAUCACAGGAGUUACAGUUUGCUCAGUACCAGAAAAUUCCCAGAGUGUCUGCAGAUGAUCAUACCACUACCAGAGCCAAACCCCAAUGGCACGGUGACAGCUCUGCAGUGCAGACUACUCAAGCAAAACCAACACAUAAAGAGAACCUGUUACAAUCACCCAGUGUGAAUCACGUGAGCAGCGCCCGUUCCUUGCGUUCAGCAGCCUCACUGACAGAGGGCGAUACAUCUUUGCAGGAAGUUUGGAAGAUAUUGGACAUGGGGUCAAGUCUGUCUCUCCUCAGCUCCCAGGAAGCAACUGAGCAAGCACUCCCUGGUAAGACUCAGACGGGUAAUCACAAGAAAGGCCCUCCUACUGUGACACCACAAACUGCAAUUAGGAAAAGUCCAGACAGGACGGGACGACCAGUGACGGCAAAGCACACGAGGGGCAGAGGGACACACAGCACCUCUAAAAUCCGCAACUACAAUAUAAGAGACUGAGCAGAUCCUCCCAGAGAACGGCACUUACUCUGAGUCUAUCCAAUGGAUAGUUUUUAUGUGUCAUUAAAUUUUAUUUUGUUAUAACAAU